CAUCACCUGAGGAACGCUGAGCUGCACACCUGCGCUGCACGCUUGUGGCAAGAGGCUUUGCUGCCAAAGGAGUGGCAGUCAUGGCUCAUACGUUGAGCUGGUCUGUGUUGUGUUUUGUUUUGCUGAGCGUUUGGGCUCAGGAUUUCUAUGAGGAAAAAACUGGACCAACAAGAGUUAAGACUAGAGGACAGACGGCAGCCGUUCUGCAGAAACACAACGGUCAAGCCAUCUUGGACGAGGACUGCGGUCUAGAGUUGGCCUUCCUGCUGGACAGCUCUGAGACGGCCAAGGACAACCACCAGCAGGAGAAACAGUUCACUAUGGACAUUAUAGAAGGCCUCCAGAGCAUCCGCUUGGACACAGCUCGCAAACUCAGCUGGAGAGCGGCCCUGCUUCAGUACAGCAGCCACGUCAUUAUCGAGCAGACCCUCCAACAGUGGAAAGGCUCGGAGAACUUCAAGAGCAGCAUCGCGCCGAUGGCCUACAUCGGCCACGGCACUUACACCACCUACGCCAUCACCAACAUGACCAAGAUAUUUCUGGAAGAAUCGAGCCCUGAAAGCAUCAAGAUCGCCCUGCUCCUCACAGAUGGGACUUUUCAUCCCAGAAACCCUGAUAUCUUCUCUGCUAUGGCUGACGCAAAGAACCAGGGUGUGAAGGUCUUCACGAUUGGCAUCACCCGUAGCGCCAAUGAACCUGCCAACACAGCAAACCUGAGACUGCUGGCCAGUACGCCGGCCACCAAAUUCCUCUAUAAUCUACAGGACACGAACGUCAUGGAAAAAGUCAUAAUUCAGAUUGCUCAGCUGGCAAACGAUGGGUGUCCUCUGUCCCCGAAGUGUGCUUGCGAGAAGGGCGAGAGAGGACCUAGCGGCCCGGCGGGAAAGAAGGGUCGCCCAGGUGAGGAUGGAGCCCCUGGGGCUAAAGGUCAAAAGGGUGAAUCUGGUUUGAGUGGACUUCCUGGUCGAGAGGGUACAGAGGGUGAAAGAGGAGAAUGUGGCACUCCAGGAAUCAAAGGAGACCGAGGUCCUGAAGGUCCAGUUGGUACUCAAGGGUCCAGAGGUCUGCAGGGUUUACCAGGACCACAGGGUGACAUCGGACCAGAAGGCCUACAGGGAAAGAAGGGUGAGCGCGGCUCUGCUGGCCCACCUGGAAUUCAGGGCGACAGUGGAAUUGGACUUCCUGGACCAAAGGGAGAUAUGGGAUUUCAGGGGAGACCAGGUCCUCCGGGUCCGCAUGGCAUAGGCGAGCCAGGUCUGCCUGGGCCUCAAGGGCCACAGGGGGUUCUAGGAGAGAAAGGACCACCAGGAGAGGGCUUUCCAGGUCAGAAGGGGGACCGAGGUCUGGAGGGGCCGAAGGGACCAAGAGGACAGCCGGGCACUGGAAUCAAAGGCGAUAAGGGUGAGCUUGGGCCUCCAGGUUUACCAGGACCGAUCGGACUCCCAGGGAUUGGCAUUCAGGGAGAAAAGGGUGUUGAGGGUCCGAGAGGGCCUCCAGGAGGAAGAGGACCAUCAGGAGAGGGUUUCCCCGGGCCCAAGGGAGAACAUGGUUUACCAGGAGAGAUGGGAACCCCGGGAGAGAGAGGGCAGGGCGAACCUGGAACAAAGGGUGAACCUGGUGCAUAUGGACUGGCUGGUGUACCUGGACUUCCUGGGGAGGAUGGAGCUCCAGGACAAAAGGGUGAUGUGGGUGCCGCUGGUCCUCCCGGACCGAUUGGAGAGACUGGUUACGGUUUGCCUGGUCCAAAGGGUGAUCGAGGUAACCCAGGACCGCCCGGACCAUUUGGACCUAAAGGUGAAGGAUUUCCUGGUCCAGUGGGUCUGUCUGGUUUACCAGGACCACCAGGUGAGCCCGGCCCUGAAGGCAUUGGUGUUCCUGGACCAAAGGGAGACGUCGGAUUCAGGGGUUUGCCUGGUUUGCCAGGACCACCUGGUGAAGGAUUGCAGGGACCACUGGGCAACAUGGGAAGACCAGGUCCUCCAGGACCACAAGGACCCCCAGGGGAAGGCAUUCAGGGACCCAAAGGUGAUCAGGGGGCUCCUGGAGUGACAGGGCCGAGGGGCCCAUCAGGAGAGGGACUUCCAGGCUCCAAGGGCGAUCGUGGUUUGCAGGGCGAGAGGGGCUUCAAAGGAAUGAGAGGUGACAUGGGUGACCCAGGGACUCCAGGACUAGCUGGAAGAGCAGGAAUCAAGGGCGAACAAGGGCUCACGAGAGAAGACAUAAUCAAGCUGAUUAAGGAGAUUUGUGGAUGUGGUAUUAAGUGCAAGGAAAGGCCCAUGGAGCUGGUGUUUGUGAUUGACAGCUCUGAAAGCGUGGGCCCGGAAAACUUUGAGAUCAUCAAGGACUUCGUCACAGCUUUAGUGGACCGCGUCACAGUGGGUCGCAAUGCCACGAGAAUCGGUCUGGUUCUUUACAGCUUGGACGUCCAUCUGGAGUUUAACCUGGCCAGGUAUAUGACCAAGCAGGAUGUCAAGAAGGCGAUCAGGAACAUGCCUUACAUGGGAGAGGGCACCUACACUGGCACUGCCAUCCGCAAAGCCACACAAGAAGCCUUUUAUAGCGCCAGGAACGGGGUCAGAAAAGUAGCCAUUGUCAUUACGGAUGGACAGACGGAUAAGAGAGAACCUGUUAAGCUGGAUAUGGCAGUACGCGAGGCUCAAGUGGCGAACAUUGAGAUGUAUGCGCUGGGAAUCGUGAACAGCUCUGACCCAACACAGGCUGAGUUCCUGAGGGAGCUCAACCUCAUCGCUUCUGACCCUGACAGUGAACAUAUGUUCCUCAUUGAUGACUACAACACACUGCCAGCUCUGGAGUCUAAGCUGGUCAGCCAGUUCUGUGAGGAUGAGAACGGGGCCCUUUACUUCAACCGGAUUACCAACGGCUUCAACGGAUACGGCUACGGUAACGGCCAAGAGGAUGUUUCUUCAUACAGGAAUAAUGUUUACGGGAACAGAUUUCAGGAGAUUUCACUGGACAGAUCUCAGACUCACUCUAGAGGCAAAGGACACGGCAUACCUCUUCCCAUCAACCCCGGCCCUCUCAAAGCACAGGUGGAGAAUGACUAUGAAGGCGAGGAUCUAGACAUUAAGACACAAACUCAAAGUGGAAGCACUAUUGCUGUUGUCAAUAAGACUGUCCAACCUGUACAGCCAGGAACAACAUCAUCAUCAUCAUCAGUAUCAACACAUUCUACUUCAGUGAAUGUGAAUGCAAAGCCUCGUCCUGUAGUGAUAAAAGAAUCGGCUCCUCUGGGUCCUCUGUGUUUGCUCAGUCUGAGUCAGGGCUCCUGUAGAGACUACGUCAUUCGCUGGUACUAUGACAAACAGGCAAACGCUUGUGCUCAGUUCUGGUACGGAGGCUGUCAGGGCAACGAGAACCGCUUCCAGACAGAAGAAGAAUGCAAGAAGACGUGUGUCCUCACCGCCACAGCAGGCUAAACGGGAUGAAGAUCUACAUCGGUCAUUCUACAAUGAACCCCAAUAAAUGAACUUUAUGCUGGUGAUGGUGUACCCCAAUGACAGAUGCCUACAGCAUUCAACAGUUCUUAUUAUAAUAUCAUAAAAAUGUUCCCUAUCUUUAAGCUCAGGAUCUGGAGAAAAUGUUUAUUAUACCCCAAAUAAGUCAAAAGAUUUUCAUAAACAACUACCUGCUAAAGUGAAACACAGGUGUUAUUAGUAAGCUUCAAAGGCCAUUUAUUCAAAUGCACAACUCACAUUUCUUAUAUUUCUCAGUAUCCAAUGAGAAUCUGUGCACUGCUCUGACAGUUGUGACAUGCAGAAAUAUUAUCCACUGGGAAUUGAUUGUAUAUAUGUUUUGUUUUAUUUAAAAUGUAUAUACAAUUUGUGACUUGAGUAAAGCCACAGGCAAAUUUAGUAGACUGAAACGUCAUAAAUUAUGUCUUAGGGGUUUUAUGGGGAUAUUAUCAUUUUGUAGGGAAUAACACAAAUAAACAAACAAAUCAAAUAGUUAAGUCACUAAGUCCUAAUAAUUUAAAUGCAAUUAUGAUUUUCAAAAAGAUUUUGUAUAUAUUCUUUUUCAUGUGUCACAGUAGCUUUAUAAUAAUAUUCAGACAAAAUAGAAUCCUGAAUUUUUUUAUUCAAAACAAUGUUUGCCUUUUUUAAUGAA